GCAGAGCCAAUGAGGAGGGUGUGAUCGUACAGUGCAGGGUGGCAGACCUGACAGUUUCACUCUUCCCAGCAAAUCUCAGAGCCUUCUGUGGAGGUGAAGUUACAAAAGCAGCAUGUAUCCCUCAAAAACCUCCGGUCUUCUGAAAGACAACAGCUGGAUCAAGAAGCAGGACGAUGAGGAUGAAGACAUUGACCGAGACCCAAACUACGGCCGGUCUAUUCUCAGAGGCACAUCUGAUGACAGUGAUGAUAAUGAAGAAACAAUCAGCAAAAGUGUGUCAACAUCUGUAGAGGCGCUCCAACAGAGGUUCGGUGGAAGUCCGACUGAUUUGGGGAGCAGCAGCACCACCACCACCACAUACAGCAGGGACGGCAAAUCCACCAUGACCACCGAGACCACCGUCACCAGAUCGACUGUGAAUAAAACCAGCAGCACCAAGACAUUCACUGAGCGGGUGCUGUCUUCAAGCAAAGGUGCACAGUACUCGACAUACUCGCCGCCAAAAACCACUGAAGUGACCAAGAAAGCCAUCACCAGCACUUCAGAUGCGGAGGACCACCUCUACGACUCACUGGUCCCAUCGGCCACCAAGAGUACCUACUCCCCCACUGACAGCAAAACAACUGUGACCGUGAAAUCCAGUGGAGACUUAGAGGCGGAGGACAACCUCUAUGACAGACUAAUUCCUCAGGCCAUCAAAGAUGAAGCUGCUUCUGGCAGGACAUCCUCCACCUCUGAGACUGUGACAGUGAGAAGCAGCUCUAUUAGGGACGAUGAUGAUCUGUACAACAGUCUCCGGACGAAAUCCUCUGACUUCUCCUCUCUGAACAGAGGAGAAAGCCCCACUGUGACUUCAUCCACCUCCAUCCGCAGCUACAGCUCGUACACCGAGGACUCUCCUAUCACCAGCACAACCUCCUACACCAUCAGCACCAAGCCUGGUUAUGAUUACUCCAGCACCACGAGCCCCACUUCCUACACUUCAACAACAUACAGGAGCAGCAGGUCAGAUGAUAGUCUGUCGGACCCGAUCUACUCAAAAUCCUCCACCAGGAGUGUGUACUCAUCUUCUGAUAGGACGCUGCUGGAGAAGGACCUGUGCACCACCUGCCGCAAGCCGUUUACCGGCGACGCCAAGAUGGUGCUGGAGGACAUCAACGUCAACUGCCACGCCUCCUGCUUCAAGUGUGACGUGUGCAGCAGCACUCUGGGUCACCUGAAGGCCGGGGACAGCAUGUGGGUCUACAGAGGCAUGGUGCACUGCGAGAACUGCUUUGAGGUCACCAGAGCAAAAUGGCGUCGCUGAGCCUCCACAGUGAAGAAGCAGACUGCUGCUGAUCCGUGUGCUUUGGGUUCUCGUGUUGUCGCAGUAUAACAAGCAGGAAGAUUUUUAUCUGGGAGGUUUGACAAGUGACUUUUUUCCAAUAACAAGCAUGGACUGUGUAGCGCACAGAAUACUUCAUACUAUAUACACUGUACUGUUUCUAUGUUUACCCCACAAGCUACCUUUACUGAAGUUUGCAGCUGUUUUUGGGGACUCUUGUGUGUAAUGUGAUAGUUAAUACUGCAGUGAGGGCCGGGGGCUUUUUUUUUUGUGCAAUAC